AUGCCGGCGUUGUGGAUUGUACCGUUUGAACUGUCUGCACUAUCUGCAACGGGCGGAAAGAAUCGGAACGGAAGAAUAUCAGAGGUUACGUCGCAGUGGAGCGCAGAGCGGAACAACGUUAGAGAUUACGCGGAGCGGGAUCGCGAGGAGAGGAGUGUUUUAUAUAAGGUCCGUCUGAAGGUACCUCAUUGGCAAGUUCAUAUCUCUAUACUUCAAGCUCCCGAUGUGCCAUUUUCCGCAACUGGACACUUCGCUACAAAAUUCCGCAUACGCACCUCGGGUCCUCACACUAAGGUGCUACCUCCCGGCCGCUUAUUUAUUCGGCUACUGGGGCUAUAUGAUUCUUAA